AUGGGUGACGACUACAUGGACGACGAUGAAGACUAUGGAUUCGUAAGUUUUGGAAAAGAUCUAAAAAAAAAAUGAUAUUGAUAUUGUCGUUUCUUCCAGGAGUACGAAGAUGACAGCGGCUCGGAGCCCGACGUUGACAUGGAGAACCAGUACUAUACUGCGAAAGGAUUCCGAUCUGACGGAAAGUUGGAUGAAGCCAUCAAGGCAUUCGAGAAAGUUCUUGAGUUGGAGGCAGAGAAGGGUGAAUGGGGUUUCAAGGCUCUGAAGCAGAUGAUCAAGAUCACGUUCGGGCAGAAUCGUCUCCAGAAGAUGCUCGAGUACUACAGUGAACUGCUCACCUACAUAAAAUCUGCAGGUCAGUCAGAAACCCCGAUUCAAUACAUCAACAAAACGUUUUAGUGACAAAGAACUACUCGGAAAAGUCGAUAAACGCGAUCCUCGAUUACAUUUCGACUUCCCGCCAAAUGGAUCUGCUGCAACACUUCUACGAGACCACUCUCGAUGCGUUGAAAGACGCGAAAAACGAGAGACUGUGGUUCAAGACGAACACGAAACUCGGAAAGCUGUUCUUCGAUCUCGGCGAGUUCGGAAAGCUCGAACGGAUAGUGAAACAGCUGAAGGUGUCGUGCAAGAACGAGAUGGGAGAGGAAGAUCAGCGGAAAGGAACUCAGCUGCUCGAGAUCUACGCGCUCGAAAUUCAAAUGUACACGGAACAGAAGAACAACAAGGCGCUCAAGUCGGUGUACGAAUUGGCCACACAGGCGAUUCACACCAAAUCGGCCAUCCCGCAUCCGCUCAUUCUCGGAGUUAUCAGAGGUUUGUGA